AAGGAGAUCCCAGUUUCCACGGCACCAGUGAUGCCUUUGACACCAGUGUCUUUGACACUGUGAUCACUAUAAAUAAGGUUUUCAUGAGACGUUCACCACUUGACUUUUGGUGUAUUAUUCAGACUAAAAAUCAACUGAAGUUUUCAGUAUUUCAUCCAACAAUCCACUCGUCCUGCAGCUAACAAGCGCUCGAUCACACUAGCUCCUGUAGAAAUUGACCUAUUUCUGAAAUAGAGGCUCCGGAGAUAUUUUGCGUAAACAAAAUGGCGGACCAGCUGGUUGCAAGCAGGAAAAAUGUUGCGCCAGUUCGGGUGGGUUACUAUGAGAUGGAGAGAACGAUCGGGAAAGGGAACUUUGCAGUCGUCAAGCUGGCCAAUCAUCUCAUUACCAAAUCCAAGGUUGCCAUCAAAAUCAUUGACAAAACACAGCUGGAUGAAGAAAACCUCAGGAAGAUAUUCAGGGAGAUUCAGAUUAUGAAACUUCUCUGUCAUCCAAAUAUUGUUAGGUUGUACCAGGUUAUGGAGACGCCAAGGAUGCUUUAUCUAGUCAUGGAAUAUGCAAGUGGAGGGGAAAUCUUUGAUCACCUGGUAGCACAUGGAAGAAUGAAUGAGAAAGAUGCCAGGAAAAGAUUCAAGCAAAUAGUAGCUGCGGUGGCUUACUGCCACAAGCAUCACGUGGUGCACAGAGAUCUUAAGGCUGAAAACUUACUCCUAGAUGCUAAUCUCAAUAUUAAGAUUGCAGACUUUGGUUUUAGCAAUCAUUUCCAAGCAGGUGCCCUUCUGAAGACUUGUUGUGGUAGUCCCCCUUAUGCCGCCCCAGAAUUAUUUGAAGGCAAAGAAUAUAAUGCUCCAAAAGUAGAUAUAUGGAGUCUGGGUGUGGUCCUCUACGUGUUAGUGUGUGGGGCUUUGCCCUUUGACGGGAGCACACUGCAAAGUUUACGGGCACGGGUCCUGGCCGGCCAAUUUCGUAUUCCCUUCUUCAUGUCCACAGAAUGUGAGCAUCUGAUCAGAGGGAUGCUGAGAGUAGAUGCAAAUAAAAGGUAUAACAUGUCGCAAAUCAUGGAGCACAAGUGGAUGAAGCUUGGUGACGAGGAUGUCAUCUUUGAUGCGACGCGGAAAGAUUACAUGUGCGAAGACGAGGGCCUAGAGGAUGAAGGUCUCAACGAACAAGUCCUGCAGCAAAUGGAGAGUUUACAUAUAAGUAGAGAAACAGUAUUACAGUCAGUCCAAGGCAAGUGCUAUGACCAUAACAGUGCAAUCUACCACUUACUUCAUGACAAACUAAAACGCCACCACAACAAAGCCAGCAACUCACUGGUGCCUGACAGCCUGCCUAUUGCCACGCGGACAGAAAGGCGCUCUAGUAUUACUACAGGAGUAGUGGAGCGUGUUGAAGUCCCUGUGGAAAAUGACAAAAAUACCAAUACAUCAGUAUCGCCCCACAUCAGUCCGGUCCCGCAGCAAAUGCCUUUCUUUGGACAGAAUCCAGCUUGUUUGCCGUUGUCGGAUUCUGACAGUGAUGGAGAAGAACCGUCCCCUGAGGCACUGGCACGCUACCUAGCCAUGCGGCGCCACACAGUGGGUGUAGGGGACCCGCGUCACGAGCCACCAGAAGACAUGCGUGUGCGCCUUGCUCAUCAUCAGCCAAUCACAGCAUUACCACAGCUGCCCACCUUUACGCCGACUAGUUUCCUGCCUCACAUCAACCUGCCGCAAAACUUGCCACCAGUACAGAAUUUCUCACCACAGAACUUUAUGGAGAAGGAUCCCCAUCUACUGAAACCCCCUUCUGUUCUCAGUGGAGGAAUGCCAGCACACUGGGGAAGAAGGGCCUCGGACGGUGGGGCAAAUAUCCAGCUGUUCUCACAGUAUUUCCAGCAGCAGCAGGUCUAUGGAGGAAGAGGAAGUCAAACCCAACAGACUGGGAGCCAUGAAGGAGUGGGGAUGCUGUCUCCGGGUCACACGCUGCCGUCGCCAUCCAUACAGACACCUGUCACACUGGAGGAAGGUCAGACGUCUGACAAUGAGCCUGACGAUGAGGAUGUUUCUAGGUAUCUUCAAACGAGGGGCAAGCGCCACACGCUGGCCAUGGCGAGUGCCGUACAUGAAGUCCCUGAGGAGCUGCAGGAGCAGCUGGCUCUUCAUCCAAUCAGAGGGCGGCGUGGAGGCAUGCUGACCCCUGGUGAGAGAUUACCCAGUCGGGACUCUUUCAAAGAUGUGAAUUCUCUCCAUCUGCCAAAUGAGCGUUUCUCCCCGGUGCGGCGUGCCAGUGAUGGGCUAGCCAGUAUACAUAAGUACCAAGUCCACCUUGAGAACCUGUACAAACAGACUCUCCGGGAGCAACAGAGGUCACAAAACAGUCUGAAACAGUUGCAGCAAGAACAUCAGAAAUUACAGAAAACAGUGGGCAACACUUCUCCGGUGAACCAGGCUGAGCUUCAGCAACAACACGCUCUCCACCGACUACAACAACAACAACAACAUCAACAUCAUCAACAACCGCAACAGAGCAUGCAUACCACAUCUCCAGAAAGUCAGGUAGAACUGCAACAACUACACAGAUUACAGCAGCAACAACGUGGCGUGCAUCCCUCUCCGCCCCCACCGCCGCUAACACCUACAGGCCAUGACAUGCAGGCGGACGUCCAGGCAGCAAGUUUAUACAUGCAGCGCCUGCACCUCCAGCAGUAUCAAACAGGUAGUCCACCGCCAGUUCCCUCACCGAGCUUUCAUUUGAUGGAUCGCAAUAGAUCCAGUCCACCUGCCUAUAAUUCUCUUCAUCAUAAAACUGAAAAUACCCCACAAUCUUUCCAUAUGGUUUCUCCCCAACCACAACAACGAACAAGCCCACCACCAAAGAACUUACAGAUGAUCAAAGAAGACACCGACGCUAAUGAGGAAGGGAACAAUGGAGAGGUUGAGAUGGAAGAAGAGCAGACCCAAGUGCUACAGCGACGACGGCAAAAUUUUUCUCUCAAUCCACAAAUCAGUAUAACGGACACUUUGGGGCAUGUGACUCCCGUGGUGUCGGGCCUCAGUGACGAGACCAGUGGCACAGAUGACUCAAGUGGCAUGCCAGCAAGUCAUGUAAUAUCAUCACCAGCUUACACCACAGAGAGCCAGUAUAGAAACUCUGUGGGGGGCCGCCCUGUGGGGGGUCCUGGGUACUCCAUGAUGACCACGUAUCCUGGUAUGAACUUGACGUCAGUCUCUCCGACCUCUGAACCUACUCCGUCCUAUCAUGAUUACACCGCCUCCCCUCUCAACUCCACAAUGCCCAUGAUGGGCCUGUUUAAUGUGAACCAUAACUACCAUGCUGGCUUGGCGAGGGGAGGGGGAGAGGGUGGUGAACCAAGGUCACCCAGUAUGGGUGAAGUCAGUCCACGAUCACCAAGUCACAGUGGUGUUGGCGGUGGAGGUGUCCGCCAUCACCGGCGGUACCACACCGUUCAGAACACCAGAGAUGCACUGAUACAGGCCCAGAGAAUCCAUCAACAACAACAGCAACAGCAACAUCAGCAGCAACAUCACAUUCCACCUUACAUGCAACUCACAUCCCUCUUUGACCCAAAUGCCUCGUCAAAUAUCCACAGCCUCUCCAGUAGCACAGGGGAGCUCACGCUUUCACAGAACUUUCUCAAACUCGGCUCGCCUAGCGAGCUCCCAGCAUCCACCAGUGUCGAGGGAAUGAAUCUUCGUAACAGUCUGAGCGACAUGUCACAGGACUUCAAGUUCGCUUUAGCAAUGAAUUUAACCUCCAAAAAAGCAUUAAGUGAGAUUUUAUCGGAAGUGAAAAGGACACUGGAUACGAAGGGGGCUGAAAUUGCAUAUCAGUUCUCAGACAAUUUAUUUCAACUCAAAAACUGUGAUGUUCAGAUGGAGAUGGAGGUGUGCUGCAGUGGCGCCAUCAAUGGGCUGCGAUUUCGCAAAAUUUCAGGCGACCAAUGGCAGUACAAGAAACUGUGCAACGAGCUAUUAGCAGGCAUGGAUCUUUGAGAUCCCCUGUAGCUGUCCAUUUUCUUUCUUUUUUUGCCUCAUGCCAUGUGAAGCGUUUUAUAUAUAUAUCAAUUUAUAUAUAUAAAAAUAUAUAUAUACAAGUCAUUGUAACUCAUUAUCAUCAUGUUAUGCUAUCUAAAUGGUCACCAUGUGGUACACUUACAUUGCCAUUAAUGUACUCCUUUGGUCCCCAUAUGGUAUUGAUAAUUGUGGCACACCUUGUACAACAUACCGUGGUACUUUUUAUUGUACAAUUGCAGUAUUCAUAUUCUGUCUAUUUAAUGUGGUACGUAUAUUGUACAAGUAUGGUAUUAAUAUUGUAAUUGCCUAGUUAUCGGAAUAGUGUUGACCCGGUAUGAAUGUAAUAUUUAAGUUAUGCAGCCUUACUAUGGUUGUAGAUGUAGAAAUUGUACUUUUGGUUUUCGUAUGUCACAGAUGAGUUACCAAUUUUGGUAUUCUGAGAAGGUAUAUUAAAUUAUUCAGCAAAUCUCAUCAACUGAUAGCAAACUGUUGUUAUAGAUGGUUUGGAUGAUAUAAAGGACUGAUAACAUGAUUUUUGUCACCUUAAAAUGAAAAAAUUAUAGUAUCAAAAAUGUUUGAGGAAAAAAAUAGUUUUGGUGGAAAAAGAUCUUUGUAACUUUACUUUUUGGUAAAAAAGGAGAGUGUGAAAAAGUUCGUGCAUAAUUUUGCAUUUAAUGUGCAGAUAAGUAAGCCACCUCAUUUAUGAGGGCAGACGACACUGGCCAUCUAUAGAUGGCAGUGCAAGUCUGUUCCAAAAUGAGGCCAAGAUGACCUAUUUUUAAUUUUUACAUAUUUUUGCAUUGUCUGCUGUUUGUUUUUCUUUUAUCCAUGUCUUAAUGAAACAGCUGCGGGUAGUCCUGGACAUCAACAGCAAUGUAUUAUACAUAAUAUUAGUAUUUAAGACUCACUUUCGUAUAUUAUAAUAUUUUGCACUGCCAUCAUUUUUGCAUUAGAUCACCCUCAACACCUAUUAUUCUAACUGGCUGUAUGUGUUGUCUGUUGUAUUCAUUUAUUUUCAGUAACUAUGUGAUAUUUAAUCAAAUACUUGACUCAUUUGGUGCUACUAGUGGUAAUAAUACACAAAAUGCAUUGCAUUGUUGGAUGGAUAUUAACACGGGCUUGGGGUUCCAAGGCAGAAUGAACAAUGUUUGACAUAAAGCAUCCUCUCCCUUGGGGAUUUCUAAAAUUAUCUUUUGAGGAAGGAAAAAAUUCAAAUCUGAAUUCUGCUGUUGUAGGAUUGAAAAUAGACUUGCUCAGUUGUUGAAGGCAUAGGGGGUAAAUAUUGAUUCAAAACCCUUUUAUCAAACCAGUUUUUGGUACUUUUUUCUUGACAUUCGGUACCAACUCUUUUGCGAUUAAUUCUAAAAAUGCAUCAAAUUUGAUUCUUUUGCUCAGUUUUUUUUUUUUUUUACUUUGUUCCUUGUGAUGCAAGUGCAUUGCUUUAAUGAGCCUCUGUUCUUUAUCUCAAUUUUCACAAUGUCUUAAGUUCAAGUUUUUUAAACAAGGCAUAAUCAUGUCUUGCUUAUCUGUUACAAAACUUGGUUUCAUUAAAAAAAAAUCCCUCUUUGUCUUUAUUUUGACAGUAUUUUAAGAAGAUUCCUUUGGAUAAAAAAGUAUUUUACUAUGGAUUUAAUUGGUUCUGUCAUUGCCAUGUGAGACUAUGUAGCAUGGAUGGGGUA